AUGCCUAUCACAGGAGUGUUCUUCAUACCCGCAAACCCAAAUGCGUCUACAGCCCUCGCGGCCGUUACAGAACGGCUGCACUCCGCCGUUGCAGAGGAAACUGUCGCAAUCGGCCGAUGGGCCUUGGAGCAUAAGUUGAUGAGGGAUACCCCCUCCUGCGUGCCUGGGUCAGGGCCCCAACGACCGGCUCAACCGCGCUACAUGCAAUUUCUGUCAUUAUCCUACUAUCCCAAUCACGGAUUCAUAUACACAUCACAGAGCCCCGAGAAGACAGGGCAAACUUCCGUCCCGAAUGCUGCUACUCCUCAACCUGGACUCACCCCUGCUUCGGGUUCAGCCACUCCAAGCAACACCGCCGCAGCGGAUGGUUCAGGCAUGGUCAUGACCACCGUGCCUCUGCCUUCUUCCGGAGCUCUCUUCAAACAUUUUGUCUACGCCUGCCAACCAUUCUGGUGCCAUCGACAUACAGUAGCUGUACCUGGAGGCAUGGUCUACGAUGUCGGCGAUUUCCGAGUACGUAUCGGGGACGUGCGGCAGACACAGCCCGCGGCCCGGGUCCGAGGCACAGUCGUGGAGAUAGAAUACAGGGGCCCGUCCCUGGUGACUUCUAUCUCGGCUCAAUACGUACAGUCUAAACGAGGGGUGAUUGGUGGGGCAACCGACGUUUCUGAUAAUGACCAUGAGUCGGGGAUCGACCUCGCGAUCUUCGGCAGUAUAGAAGACGCAGAUAUCGAUGCGGAGUACUUUGCAACCGCAGCGCUGAUCCGGGAGUUCUGGGCCAAGCUGCGGAUUGAGGGAGCGCGAGAAGCGAUCCUUGUACCGGACGUUGGCAGAGAGGUGAAAGAGCAGUUGAAGAAAUUGAAAUCGCAGGAGAAAAUAGGACAAACAGCACCAACGAAUGAGGGUCAUGCCCAACAGCAGGACGAUGACCCGGACCCGGAUGCAGGAACGGACCUAGCUAGACAGUUUAUGGAGAUUUUCAGGUUCAACAGAUGA